UAAAAAGCUUUCUAUACGUUCCUCAUCAACAUUAAGGGAUGAACAAUGAUGUACUAACAACGUACAAUCAUGUACAUCGGUUAGGUUGACCUUUUGCAAGCUCUCACUAGUCAGGUACAUUGAGGCCCCAAACCCCUCAGUUUCUCAUGUCCCGCGAUACAAUCAUGAGUGGGUGAGAGCUAAACCAACGGUCAAAACGGAUGAUAUUUGUUUAAAUGCCGACGACUAAUUGUCCAAAUUGUUUUAUUUUUGUGACAUAAAUGGAUGGGGACGAGCGACGAGCCUCCAAGAGGCGUUCCCUCGAGGCUGGACGAGAAAUACUGGCUAGGUACAAAGCAUCACAAGGACGGAUGGAUACUCAGGGGACUGAUCCAUCGGAUGUUGAGGAGUCAUUUGGACACAAUGAAACUAUUGACACACAAAAUUCAAGUCUCCUCGAAGAUGCUUCUCUGCGAGACACGACGCAGUCCAGCAUGAGUGUUUCGGAGGGAGAGGGUGAGGGAGACAUCGAGAACAUGGCAGGUCGAGUGGCAGAACUGAAAGAGCUCCUGCAGGGAAAAGAAGCGAUGAUCGAGUCCCUGAGCGCAGAGAUCGACCACAUGAGAGGUGAAGCCUGUUCUCCUCACUCCUCCCAGAGCCAGAGCAGUUCGCAAUACCGCGACCUGUUGACAACCUAUCAACACAAGUUGCAGGACUUCGAGCAGGCGGUGGCCCAACGAGACAAUUUAAUAACAGAACUGACGUCUUCACUGGAGCAAGCACUGGCAUCCAGGGAUGCUCUGAAGGACCAGGUCCAGUUCCUGAAUUCUCUGCCUAUACUGAACCCACCCCAGAAGGGCCCUGAGGAGCCCAGGAGUCCCCCGAGCGCCUCGAACCUUCUCGAGGAGACGAUUAAACAGCUCAAUGCAAAACUCCAGAUCUUGGAGGAUGAAAAAACUCAGGAAAUUAAAUCCUACAAGUGCCAGAUCAACGAAUUAAACCAGAGAAUCCAAUCCCUGGAGGUGGAGAGCACCUCGAGCCUCGACGAACGUCAGAAGGUACAAGAGCUUUAUGAUGCACAAAUAUCUAAAAUCAAAAAAGACAUGGAGAAGAUCCUGGACAAAUUCGCUGUUGAAACUAAACAGAAUGCGGAGUCUCAUCACCAGGAGAUCAUUAAUUUGGGUGAAGCACAUGAGAAGGAGGUGGUUGCCCUGAGGGGGAGGUACGAAGAGCAGGUCAAAGGGCUUCAGGAUAGUUAUAAUCUGGAGCUGGUGGAGGUGGAGAAGAAACACGCGAAGGAGCUCAGUGUCUUUCAGAGCCAAUUAGCUAGUUAUAAGAAAACUAUUGAGGGCAUGAAAUCACAGAUGGAGAGCCAUUCAGAGGGGGACAAGGGUGAGGUUCUGGGCUUGAAAAAUCAGCUGAGAAAUGCUCAUCACGAAAGGGAACUCCUUGUAGAACAAAUUAAACUACAUAAGAUUCAAGUGGAGGAGCUCACUGCGAAGUACGUGGCUGCUACUACUGUUUUCGACUCCAAGGAGAGUAUCGAGAAGAGUCUGGAGGAGGCGCUGACCAACGUCGCACAACUGACUCAGGAGAAUGAGAACUUGAAGUUGCGAUACGAUGAUUUGAGCGCGAAAUAUUCAGCAGCUCAAGCCUUGAUCGAGAACAAUCAGAUUCACGAGCGAUCCAUGAGCUCCAGGAUUUACGAGCUAGAGAGAUCCCUGGGGCGUAUGUCAGGGGUCAACAACAGCCUCUUCAGUGAGCUCAACGAGACGACUUAUCAGACGUUUGACGAUCUAGCCCUUCAGAUUCAGCUGUCGCGGCAGAAGCUCGAGGAGAAGGAGGAGCUCGAGAGGAAGCUAACCAACAAGAUCAAGCAUCUGGAAGAAACGGUUUUGAAGACUUCGAAGGAGCUUGAGGACGUUAACCUCCAGAAGAACAACUACGAGAAGCAGCUGAAGGACUUGAAGAAUAGUUUUGAUAAGAUGAUUAACUCAGACAACUCCUCAAGUUCAACGAGGAUGAAACAAUUGGAGAACGAGUUGGAAGAGAUGAAGGACAUUCUUAGGAAAAAAGACCUGGCUCUGAUAGAGAGGGAUAGAAAUAUGGAGAGCCUGAGGGCUGAGGUGCAACAACUUGAGAACGAUUGUAGGCAGCUCAUGGGAGGUCUGCAGGCGGCUUGGAAUCAGUGUGCAGAACGAGAACUCAAGAUGAGUGAAUCCCUGAUGAACGAGUCUAAGCUAGGGCCCAGCGGCAUCAACUUGAGCUGUGUCAGAGAGGAUCUCAUCGACGCUACUCUGCUCUCUGAAGAAACCUUUAAUCAUACGAGGCCUGAAGACAUCGCUACUACUCUCGUUGGUGGAAUCAACUCAGCAUUCAAUCGAUAUGAAAACCUCUUCUCUGAAUGUGAGAAACUGUGUGAUGUCAAUAAUCAACUGAGACAGGAUCUGGAGAGCGUGAAAUUGUCUCUAGAACACGUUGCUAGGGAGAAGGAAGGUCUCCUGGAGGAGGUGGACAACCUGAAAGAAAAGCACCGGCAAGAAAUCGAGGGGAUGAAACAGCAGCACACCGAGGACGUCGAUGUCCUGAAGAAACUCUUUGGAGGCAGUGGGGAAUGGAAGGAAGAAAUGGAGGGAAAACAUGCGCAGGAAAUGGAGGAGCUAAGGACGUACUUCGAGCAGAAGGUUCUGCAUGUUGAGAAGCAGUAUUCAGAGGAAAUCUUCAGUCAAUCUAAGAAAUUGAGUGAUGAUAGCUCGGAGGUGGAAGACAUGACUGACGAUUUAUACUUUGGAGGAGGUGGAGAUGCCGAGAAUCUCAAGGAUGGGGGACUGGGGAGAGAGGUACUUGAGCAGGAGAGCAAGGGCAGCUGUGAUAAAAGUCGCGGAGUUACCACCUCUGAACAGCAUUCUCAAACUGAAUUGGAGCCAAUGGAAAAUGGAGAGUUGAGUGACCUAAGGGCGGCUUACAGUGUGCAGCUUGAAGAGCAGAUUGCUCUUGCUAGAUGUGAUAUUGUCAACGCACUACAGGAGCAGAUUCAGGUUCUCCUGGCUGUUGAAGGCGACCCUGAGGAAAACUGGCCCCCUGAGCUUCUCCAACUGCGUAAUAAAUUUACGAACAAUGCCAGGAGAGAGGUGGAGAAAUUGAAAGAGUCCCACCAGAUUGAAAUCUCGAAGCUCAAGGAGGAGUAUACGAAGGCCCUGGAGAAUUAUGAAUCGGAGAUGAAGGGCCUGACCCAGAGGAGAAUGAACUACCAGUUUGAUGGACAUCUAUCCAGCCCGGAUGAUGUCGUCAAGCAAAGAUACGAGAGCCUCCACAAGAUAUGCUUCAUUCUGAAGGGACUUGUCGUGGACUUGAUUAAGUACACAGUAACUUGUGAAGAGGAACUCAACAACACAUUUAUAACGGAAAUAAUUAAAAGAAGAAUAAUGUCAGAGGAGCAGAACUCAAGCAACGAAGAGACUGACAAAAAUCCGACAAUCUCAGAACGUGAAGUCCCGGAUAUUUCCACGAAGAAGAUCAUCAAACGGGUCCAUUUUGCACCUCAGUCCCAGGAGAUUUCGUCGAUUAUCAAUUCGGAGACUGAUUCUCUUUUGAGUCUUAUUGAGGAAGAGGAGGACAUUGGGAAAAAGCUCAGGGAUGAGCUGGAGAAAUGUUUGGAAAGACUCAGAAGUGAAAGUGCGGAAAUUAUUUCUGCCUCGUCGACUCCUGGGGAGAGCACGCUUGAAGCUCUAUCGAAACAAGUUCUCUGGACUACUAAAGUCAAUGAGGAACUCAGUGCCAAGCUCAUGGAGGCUGAGGGCAUUGUCGAGGAUUAUCAGGUUGAUAAUCAACAGCUGAAGAUGAAGAUCAUUGAUCUGCAGCAGAAGAUUUCAGUGAUCGAGGGAGCAAAGGAGAUCAUUUCUGAGGGCUAUGGUGAGCAGGAUGAGGCCGGGGGGGAAGUCGUAGUUCAAGAUUUCUCGCAAUUGCUGGAGAAAGCGCGUCUAGCAACUGUAAAUGCAGCUGCAGACCCUGCCUACCAUCUUCAACUCAUCGAGGAGCUCUGCAGAUGUACAGAAAAAAUUCUAGAGGAUUCGAAACGCGAAAAAGAGGACCUUCAGCAGCAGCAGGUGUCAUUAGAUCCCCUUCCUUCCCAAAGCAUACACAGGGUGAGAGACAAGAUCGAUGCAGCAGACAAACAACUCAGGAGUACUCGUAAAUUUCUGGAGGAACAAGCUAGUGAGAGGGAAAUGGAGAGGGAUGAGGCUGCGAAGCAAAUAAAAUCCCUCCACGAUCAGCUGAAAGAAAGAGAACGCGACAAAGAACGAGAUCUUCGAAUUUCCUCUGAGUCGCCUUCACCUACACCCGACUCAUCGCUGGGUUCUUCGAAGGUUCAUCUUGACUACAGAGCAACUGUGGAGGCCCUGGAGCACCAGAUGCGCGAGAUGACCUCCCAGAUAUCCGACACUGAGCAAAGAAAAACCGAAACCGAAUCGGAGUUGAAAGCAGCAGUGGACAAAAUCUGGGUUCUGCGAGACAUAAUAAUGGACCUCGAACAGCAGAUUCAAUCAAAAAUCGAUCAAGAGGAAGUUCUAGUCUCCCAAAUAACCCACAUGAAGGAAGUCAUCUCCAGCCAGACUAUCACUCACCAAGAACUCGUUGAAGAGCUCGAUCAGUUGAAAUCAGGAGCUGAAAAUAUUCACUUACUUUCCCACAUUUCCCACCUCCAGACGGAACUCCAGCGUCAUCAGUUGAGUAACGAACAGUUCACGGUGAACUCCACAGCUUUGAAGCAGAUGAAGUCGGAGCUACGAGAGAUGCAGAAUAACCUGGACAAACGAAUAAAAGAGUUGGAAGCCCUCCACAUGACGGGCUCCAACCUCAGUAUCAGUCAACCGUCUGAAGACGUCUCGAUCCGGGACCAGAUUGACGCAUCCAGGUGCCCAACUCCAGAUGAAGAUGGUAAUUCUCCCCUGACACUGCCCUUGGAUCAACUCCUCAAACUCAAGGAGAAGCUCUUGAAGCACUCCAGAACCGAGGAAGUAGCUUUCAAGAAAAUAAAAGAUCUGGACAUGCAGCUGUCAGCUUUGAAAAUACAGAAUGAAGAACUCCAGGAGGAGCGAGACAUUCUCCAACAGACGACGUCAGACCAGCUCUUCCAGAUCGAACAAAUGAGGGGAAGACUGGAGCAGUACAAGCAGUCAGCUCCUUUUGCUCAACGCCAGGCGACGUCUCGUCUUGAGCUCGAGCUGCACGAAGUGAACUCGAAAGUCCAGAGCCUCGAGCAACGGCUCUCCGAUAAAGACCUGGAGUUGAAGGAGAUGAGGAGUCAGUUGGAGCGAGCUAAUCUCCUCUUAAAGGAGAAGGAAGAGGAGCUGAAUGGUGUAGUUCAUCGUGAGGAUAAUGAGAUUAUCGCUUUGAGGGAAAAGCUGGAGGUUAUUGAGCACGAGAAGCAGAUCCUGGAGUCCAAGCUUUCUGUUCAGGAACGAGCCCAGCAAGAGUUUCCCCAGUUAAUCGACUCAAUGCUUGCUGACAAGAACGAAGAGAUUGAUCAUUUGAAGGAGCAGUUAUCUAAGAGGGAGAAACAGCUGGAGGCACUGAACUCGCUGAAUAUUGAGGAGCCUCGAGGCCCCAUUGAGCCAAAAAAUUCGGCCAGAACGUUGAGUGAUAUCUUGUCGAUCCACUCAGAGUGCGAGGACAUGUCUGAGGCGAUCAGGGAUACUCCAUCGACCAACUUUCACCACAAUGUUUCCUCCUUCAGACGAGAGGGUCAUGAGGAGCAGGAGCUGCAGAAAUCUGAACUCCUGGUACCUCCUCUCGAUUUGGGGCCUUCCAUUACCACAACUCCAGUCCAUUAUCGUCAUCAGUCGAUGAACAUCGAUUCGAUGAUGAGUGGUCUCGAUUUGAAGUCUCCGACAUUAGUCUCCGAUGAUGGAAAGUCCCUGAAUUCUACUUCAAAGGUGACAAAACCAUCCCCUCCAGCCAAUCAGAAAACAAUCCAAGACCUUGAGGAUAAGUUGAAAGAUAUUUAUGAAGAGUUGAAGUCCAAAUCAUCGACUCUGAAUAAACGAGAGAUGGAAUUGAAUGAACUGAAAAAAAGUCUCGACGAACUGAGAACGGAAUCGAAGGAUUCUAUCGAAACACUGACAAGGGACAAGGACUUUUACAAGAGUCAGUACGAAUUAUCACAGGAGUCUGAGAAGAAAAUCAGACGAGAUAUGGAGGAAGUGGAGAAUUAUCUCAAGGCAAGGUCUGAAGAGCUUGAGUUGUACCAGGAGAAGAUUCAACUGAAUGAAAAAAUUCUAUCCGAAUCGAAGGACGAAAACAUAUCAUUAAAGAAAGAGAUUAAAAAACUUGAGGAUAUCAUUUCAAAUUAUGAGCAGAAGCUGUCCGAGAAGCUGGAGGAACUGAACAAUUUGACCCAGAUCAUUUUCGAGAAGGACAUCACCAUUGAAACAGUGAAAACCCGAAACAUGGAGAUCGAGGAUGAGAAUAAGCAUCUGUAUGAGUACAAAACAAAGUUCGAGAUGAUUAGAAAGGAUCUUCUGGACAAUCAAAAUGAGGUAAAGAGACUGAGCGAGGGGAUGAAUAGUCGGGACGUCGUCAUCCAGAGACUGGAGGACAUGGCGAGAAGAUCGACUGCCACAUCGCCAGAAGAUAAUAAAGACCAGGAGAUUCAUCACUUGAAGGAUCUCGUUAAAGAAAAGGACAAGCUCAUUCAACAGAUGACUGACGACAGCAAGAGUCUUCACCGAGAGCUGGAGACAGUCCACAGGAAAAUGAAAGAGCCUGGAAAUGUCGUGGAGCUGCGUAAGAAGCUGCAGCAGGAGAAGAAGUACAAUACUGAACUGACGAAGAUGGUGACGAAGCUCUCGAAAGAACUGGAAGUGUUUAAGGAAGACUCACGACACCCUGAAGAUCUCGAGGACAUGGUACAGAGGGAGUUGAACCUGUCCGCAGAUCUUGACAAAAAAAUUAUGGACGCUAUAGAAUCAGAAUCAGAAGACUUGUCCCAUAGGAAAAUAGAACUUCAUUCUUGCAAUUCUUUGACAAUAAAACCAGUAGAACAAGACCUCGAGAAGAUCAUGGAACAGUACUUGGACAUAAGGGCGAAACUAAAGGCCCAAAGCAAACUCAAUAAUGAGCUGACUCAUCAUAAAAAUGAGCUGGAAAUCAAGAAGGAGAUGCUGCAGUGCCAGAUAUCAGAAUACGAAUCUAGAAUUCUUCAGUUGAAAUCAGAUUUCGAAAGAGAAUGUAAAAGAAAUAAUAAUUUGUCCGAGGAGUUGUCAUCGAAGAAGGCAGCAAUGAGAAAUUUGGAGGUCCAGGUGAAGAAGGAGAAGACAGCCCACCAUAACUCCCAGAUGGAGGACUCCAACAUGAUUGAAAUGUUGAGGAUCAAGCUGACGUCGUCAUUGAACACUGAACAACAGUUGCGAGACAACAAUUUGAGUCUCAGAGAGAAAAAUAAAAUGUUAACGUCUCAGUUAUCAGCGUUAAAAUUCCAAAUAGAGUCGAGGGCUGGUGUUCCACCCCUAGAAAUUCCCUCACCCGAUCCAGAGAUCCCGGAGAGGAUAUCCGACCUGGAACGUGAGAACCAAGACCUCAGGUCGACUCUUCAAAGUCUGGAAUCUGAGAGGAAUAAAUACAAGAAGGAUCUGGAGAUCGCCAUUGAGGAGACUGAGAAGCUCCUCAGUACCCUAGCAAUUGUGGAGGGAGACAAGGAUCAUCUGGAGAUCAUUCAGAGACGUCUGAAGGACACCAUUAAAACAAGAGAGGAGGAGAUUGAGUGGCUCCAGAGGAGAAUCAAGGGAUUGACUGAUGCCGAGGACAAGAGACAGCAGCAGAGGUCUGACGACGAGCACGAACUCAAGAGCCUUCGUCAGGAGAUUAAGAAUGUCCGAGAGGUGAUGCACGACUGGCAGAUUGACACUGAUCAGAUGAGUCAACAGUUGAGGGUUUCAUUGUCCGAGAGGGCACAAUUGACACAAGUUGUCAUGGCGCUGAGAAAGAGCGAGGAAGAGUUGAACAAGAAAGUUAAUGAGGCGAGGGCUCAAGAAGAGAAGUUGCAAGAUGUGAUUAACGAACUCAGAGGACAACUGUUGGCACAGAGGAGUCUUGAGGAGAGGGACGUGGUUGAUGGACAGUUUGUUCAGAGCAUUAGUGAGUUGCGUGGAAAAUUGGAGAGGUAUGCACACGAGAAGACAAUUCUUCAUGAAAAAUUGAUGAAGGAACGCGCCGAGAGGGAGAGGGCUGAGGCCAGGGUCAGGGAGCUCGAAGUCGUCACCAUUCAGAGGAAUCUCGAGGAUUCAGAUCUGUCGAAUAAGUUUCAGAAAUUGUAUGGAAAAUAUAUCAGGGUCGACAGCAAGAGGAAGGCCCUUGCUUUCCAGAAGAGGUACCUUCUCUGUGUCAUUGGAGGAUAUCAGGUGUCUGAGGAGAAUACUCUUUCGGUUCUUGCCAAACUUACAAAUUCAGAGAAAAGUUUCGUGGAUUAUGGGAGCGCGAGGAGACGAAAAUUCAGGUCGGUUGCACUUGUUGUCGUUUCCAUUAUCAGGAUGAAGUGGCUUGUAGGAAGAUGGAGACAGGGAGUCCGGAGAAAUGCUGCUAGGGUCGUGGGAGAUGCGGACAAGAGUUUUUUGGGGAUUCAAAGGGGACUGGGGCACUCACCACCAGUUAGGGAGAAGAGGGCCAAUGGGGGAGUUAAUUAUGAGCAUUAUUUGGAGAGAAUUUCCCACGUCCAGGAAACACUGGGAUUGGCUAUGGGGGCAGGACAGAAGAGGGAUGGGUGAUGGAGGAGUAGGGAGGGGUGGUGAAGGGUGAAACGUCUUGACCAUAUUUGGUAAGAAAAAUGUUUACUGAUCUUUUGUGAUAAUUUUUUAGGGUACAAACAGUGCCAUGACUUCCCCGGAAAACUGACUUAUCAUUAUUAAGAUGAUUUGAUAGUUGAAAAAAAAUUGAGUUAUUUCACCCUGUCAUUGUUCGAUCACUUAUCUCGAUAAUGAGGGGUUUUUGGGGACUGUCUAGGGAAUUACUCAAUUUCAUAUAAUAAAAAAUAGAUUCGGUUCGCGUUUCACCAGGUUAGUAUUAAUAUCUCUCCCAUGGAGCUAAUAGUAAGAGGACCAAAUAUUUUCGUACACCUUCUAAAUGCUCUUUAUGUACAAAAAAACGUACGACUUAUCGUUUAGUUAAACUACUCAUGUAAUGUUUUUUCAGCUGGUUUUUUUAUUGAUAACGUGUGCUAUAUAGAAAAUAUUUUUAGGAACAUGUGAGAUGUGUAUGUGAAAUAGAUCUUCCGUUUGCACAAGAUUAAUUGCACCAAAGUUAGUUUUUUUUCUAUUUUACUCUUUUAGAUUUUCAAUGGUCGUGAACCACUUGCCACAUUAUUGUACGGGACAAAGAGAAUAGUAUAGUGGAUUAAGAUUUUUCUUUUCAGAAACCUGUGCCUUGUUAAUGAUAAUUGUCCAGUAUUUAUUAUGUCGUAUUUCUUUUUUACAAUUGUGAAUAAAAUGAAAUGUUACCUUAUUGAAUAAUAAAAUUGAAUUCAUGAAAA